UCGUUGAUCAAAUAUGAGAUGGAGGUUUUUUUAUGUCAAUACAAGCCUGUGACGUCAUUCCGCUUCCUGUCUGCGCGGGAAGUCGCUGAGGCGGAGACAACAUAAUCUGCUGAUCAGCAGCCUGUCUCCUCAGCAUCCCAACUCUGCAUCCAUCCUUCCGCGAUGCUCCAAUCGGACUGGGCCGCCGUCAGAGGAGUGUCUGCCGGAAGUCAGUAAACAUCGGAGCUCGUCUCCCUUCCGUCAUGGUGCAAAAGUCGCGGAACGGCGGCGUGUUUCCAGGAGCCCAGGCCGACCAGAAGAAGCUGAAGGUCGGUUUCGUGGGUCUGGAGGCCGGGGGGACCGAGUCCAGCAGGGAUGGAGCUCUACUCAUUGCAGCUGAUGAAGGUCCUCGCCGGCAGCGCAGCAGCGUCUCAGGAGGCAGGAAGCCCCCCAAAAGAAACGCCCUUUACAGGCGGCUGCAGAACUUUCUGUACAACGUCCUGGAGAGACCGCGAGGCUGGGCCUUCAUCUAUCACGCCUACGUGUUCCUCUUGGUCCUCUCCUGUCUGGUUCUGUCCGUCUUCUCCACCAUCCGAGAAUACGAGAAGAGCUCAGAGGACGCUCUCUACAUCCUGGAAGUGGUGACUAUCGUGGUGUUCGGGGUGGAGUACAUGGUUCGUAUCUGGGCUGCCGGGUGCUGCUGUCGCUACAGAGGCUGGAGAGGUCGACUAAAAUUUGCCCGGAAACCGUUCUGUGUCAUCGACAUCAUGGUGUUGAUUGCGUCCAUAUCAGUGCUGGCCGCGGGGACGCAGGGAAACGUCUUUGCCACCUCGGCUAUCCGCUCGCUGCGUUUCCUUCAGAUACUCAGAAUGAUCCGAAUGGACCGACGGGGAGGAACCUGGAAGCUGCUGGGCUCCGUAGUGUAUGCCCACAGCAAGGAGCUGAUCACUGCCUGGUACAUCGGCUUUCUGUGUCUCAUUCUGGCCAGUUUCCUGGUUUAUUUGGCAGAGAAAGAAGACAAUGAGCAGUUUGAGACUUACGCAGACGCCCUCUGGUGGGGAUUGGUGAGAGUCAAACGAACCAUGUCCUCAAAUAUGAAAGUUAAACAUGACAACAAACUAGUCGUUUUGUGUCAUCCUCCACAAAGAGGACAUCUGAUUGCUCUUUGUCUCCGUCAGAUUACUUUGACAACCAUCGGUUAUGGAGACAAGUUCCCGAUCACCUGGAAUGGACGCCUGCUGGCAGCAACCUUCACUCUCAUUGGAGUGUCCUUCUUUGCCCUUCCAGCUGGCAUCCUGGGUUCUGGUUUUGCUCUAAAGGUUCAGGAGCAGCACAGACAGAAACACUUUGAGAAGAGACGUAACCCAGCAGCUGGACUCAUUCAGGCGGCGUGGAGGGUGUACGCCACAAAUUUGAGUCGCUCCGACCUGACAUCAACGUGGGACUAUUACGAGAGGACCGUGUCUGUCCCCAUGUACAGGUUAAUUCCUCCCCUCAAUCAGCUGGACCUUCUGAGGAACCUGAAGAACAAGUCAGGACUUUCAUUCAGGAAGGACGUCCAACCAGAACAGUCUCCUAGUCAGAAGGUAAGUCUGAAGGAGAGAGUCUUCUCAUCUCCACGCAGUUCAGGUACCAAAGGAAAAAAUUCUCCACAAAACGUGGUCCCAGUGGUUGGACCAGGAGUUGCUUCUGGAGUUCCUGGUGUCCCUGGGGGUGUUCAGGCCUUACGACGAUCCCCCAGCAUAGAUCCCAGUCUGGAAGACAGUCCCAGUAAGGUCCCUAAAAGCUGGAGCUUUGGAGAACGCAGCAGAACCAGACAGGCCUUCAGGAUCCGAGGAGCCGCUUCCCGUCAGAACUCUGAAGUUCUCAUAGAGAUGCAGGAUGAAGAGUUCAGACAGAAGAGCUCACCAGACGCCAGUCUACCAGGAGAAGACUUGGCCGACGACAACAAGAGCUGUCACUGUGAGUUCGUCUCGCAGGACCUGACGCCAGGCAUAAAGGUCACCAUCAGAGCCAUCUGUAUAAUGCGCUUUAUGGUGUCCAAGAGGAAGUUUAAAGAGAGUCUUCGUCCCUAUGACGUCAUGGAUGUAAUUGAGCAGUAUUCGGCGGGACACCUGGACAUGCUAGCACGCAUCAAGAACCUUCAGUCCAGAGUGGACCAGAUCGUGGGCAGAGGAACCCCAAUCGCAGAAAAGGACCGACCCAAAGCAGCAGGCGAAGAAAUACCCGAAGACCCAAGCAUGAUGGGACGACUGGGGAAGGUGGAGAAGCAGGUCCUGUCCAUGGAGAGAAAGCUGGACUUCUUGGUCAACAUCUACAUUCAGCGAAUGGGAAUCCCUCAGGCAGAGACAGACGCCUACUUUGGAUCCAAGGAGCCUGAACCCGCGCCGCCCUACCACAGUCCAGUGGAGCAGCUUGAGAAGAGCCAGUCCAGUCACAAGAUCCUCCAGGUGUUGCCAGGCGACAGUAUGGACAAAAGUCAUUUUGGGACGAAGAUCGUCCGCUCCAGCAGUUCUAUGGGACAUAGGAACUACAACACUGCCACCUGCACCCCCUCCACCUCAUGGCAGCCAAUCAGCUCCCACCUUCACCAGCAGGCCCCUCACUCUCCUCAGCGCAGCCAUGGCCACACACCAAGCCCGACGGGGGACGCCUCGCUUGUUCGACUUCCGCCGCCUCCAGCAGGAGAACGACACGGCGGGAACCGUUCCCACCGCCACAACGCUGCAGAGCGCGGGGCGGCUGAGAGGUCCGAGAGAGGGGCCGAGUGCGCCGAUGGAGAAGGUAGACAAGAGGAGGAGAAGUUGGACAGCGACGCCUCUGCAUCCAUUCCGUCCGUAGACCACGACGAGCUGGAACACUCCUUUAGCGGCUUCUCCAUCUCGCAGUCCAGAGAGAACCUGGACUUCCUCAACAACGGCUUCUACUCAGCUGCCGCUAACCAGGGGGACCAUCGUGGGGUGGGCGGGGCUUCCUGCUGCACCACCAUUCGACCAUACAUCGCACAGGCUGAGUCUGACUCAGACUCAGAGCUCUGUGCCCCAUCGCCACACUCAGAUCAGGCCUGGACCGGAAACAAAUAGGGUAGUGUAAAGUGGGAAGAACCAGCAGAACUGUAAUAACAACAACAAUAAUAAUAAUAGAAGAAAUGUGAAUGACAAAAACAUCAGCUGGCGUAAGUGAGGCAAAAACACACAGCUGGUUUCAUGUCAACUGCACUAUAUUGCCAAAAGUAUUUGGCCACCCAUCCAAAUGAUCAGAAUCAGGUGUCCUAAUCACUUAGCCCGGCCACAGGUGUAUAAAAUCAAGCACUUAGGCAUGAAAACUCUUUCUACAAAUAUUUGUGAAAGAAUGGGCCGCUCUCGGCAGCUCAGUGAUUUCCAUCCUGGAACUGUCAUAGGAUGCCACCUGUGCAACAAAUCCAGUUGUGAAAUUUCCUCGCUCCUAAAUAUUCCAAAGUUAACUGUCGGCUUUAUUAUAAGAAAAUGGAAGAGUUUGGGAACAACAGCAAUUCUGCCACGAAGUGGUAGGCCACGUAAACUGACAGAUGGGUCAGAGGAUGCUGAAGCGCUUAGUGCAAAGAGGUCGCCGACUUUCUGCACAGUCAGUUGCUACAGAGCUCCAAACUUCAUGUGACCUUCCAAUUAGCCCACAUACAGUACGCAGAGAGCUUCAUGGAAUGGGUUUCCAUGGCCGAGCAGCUGCUUCUAAGCCAUACAUCGCCAAGUCCAAUGCAAAGCAUCAGAUGCAGUGGUGUAAAGCACGUCGCCACUGGACUCUAGAGCAGUGGAGACGCCUUCUCUGGAGUGAUGAAUCACGCUUUUCCAUCUGGCAAUCUGAUGGACGAGUCUGGGUUUGGAGGUUGCCUGGAGAACGGUACGUUUCGGACUGCAUUGUGCCAAGGGGGAAAUUUGGUAGAGGAGGAAUUAUGGCAGGCCUGGGCAAUUAUUUUGACUCUGGGGCGACAUUUAGAGAAAAAAAUUUGUCUGGGGGCCGAUAUAUCUAUUUUUAGGAACACUAAUAUAAAAGCUCACAAUAAUGUCUGAUUGAAUGCUAAAAACGUUAUGACAGACCGCCUUAAAAAACGUAAUGGAAUUGUACAUUUUUCUAUGAACGAUAAAACACUGAAUAUUGACAACAUAUGAAUGUCACACCCCCUUUCGAUCGACAUAAUUUACAAUCAAGUUAAACGCAACAAAAAAUGCAACAAACAGUGAAAUAUGAACGCGAAGGGUACAAAAUAAACCCACCUACAAUCUGAUAUUUUCUGAAUUUACCCCAGGGAUCAAUAAAAUACUUUCUAUUCUAUUCCAUAUAUCACUAAGCUUUAGAACUUUGUUGUAAAAAAUCUCCUUCCGCGUCUGUGGAAACGCUUCCCGCCCACACUGCUUGGUGCCUCAUCUGAGCUGCUGUGACGUAGAUUACCAUAGUAACUAAUUAGAUUACCAUAGUAACUGGUAUAUCAUCCAUAAGCGCAGAUUCCAACCAUUGAAAUACUUAGUAUAGUUGAAGACGGUCACUAGAAAACAUGACUGUACAUCAUAAUGGCAGCUACACUUUCCAUCCUACUCAGUGGCCUAGUGGUUAGAGUGUCCGCCCUGAGAUCGGUUGGCUGUGGGUUCAAACCUCGGCCGAGUCAUACCAAAGACUAUAAAAACUAACAAAAAACUUAAGUUAACAAAAAACUAUAAAAAAAUGGGCCCCAUUGCCUCCCUGCUUGGCACUCAGCAUCAAGGGUUGGAAGUGGGGUUAAAUCACCAAAAAUGAUUCCCGGGCGCGGCACCGCUGCUGCCCACUGCUCCCCUCACCUCCCAGGGGGUGAUCAAGGGGAUGGGUCAAAUGCAGAGGACACAUUUCACCACACCUAGUGUGUGUGUGUGUGACAAUCAUUGGUACUUUAACUUUAACUUAACUUUUAACUUAAAGAUGUAAAAAAAUUAUUUAGGAAUGUCCGGCGGGCCAGAUUGAAAAACUCAUCCGCAUGUGGCCCCCAGGCCUUAAUUUGCCCAGGUCUGAAUUAUGGUGUGGGGUUGUUUUUCAGGAGACCAGCUUGGCUCCUUAGUUCCAGUGAAAGGAACUUUGAAUGCUCCAGGAUAGGAAUGGGUUGGCACUUAAAAUUAAUAUGUGAGUCAAGGCAGGUGGCCAAAUACUUUUGGCAAUAUAGUUGUAUUGUCUCGCUCACAGGCAGACUGCGCUGACAGGAUACACUCACUCCCGAUUAAUUCACAGCAGGGAUACACUCACUCCUGAUUGGUUGACACUGGUUUUCUCCACAUGAAAUACACUUUGUAAUUAUCUACACACCACAUAUCUGCUACACGUAUUGUCACACAAAGACGAGCUUGUCGCCAUUAACUGUGUCGGUGUCAUGUCACACGGGCCUGAAGGUGGCGCCAAUACACAGAACAAACUCUUAUCUAAACAUUUUAAAAAACCGUGAUAGAAGCUUUUUCAAUCAGUCUAACCUUCUGCCGAUGUCGCGGAUUCCCGCUAACGCUAGCAGCACUAAAAUGAACUAAAACCAAUUCUAACGGCUAUUAUAAUCUCAUAUUAUGCUAAUUUAGCAUGGCUUUAUAUAUUAAAGAGUGGCGCUAAUGCUAACAAGUUCCACACCCUAAUUCCAAAUGUUAUAUAUUGACAAGUACUAGUGUAAAAUGGAGAAUUUAAAAAAAAAAAAAGCUAAUGCUAACAAUACUCGUGUAUGAGGUCACGUGAAACCAGCGACUGACAAACUACAACACAGCAAUAUCCAUGGUAUUACAUCAUCAUAACCCUAAUGAUAUACAAUACUUGUACGUGUUUUCCAAUCCAUGCAGCAUGUCAGCCAUUAAGUUCACUUGUACUAUUUAGGAAUGGAAUUAGAUUGUCACCAGCACUGCACUUCAACACAUGGCCAGCAGGUAGCGUCGUCACGUCCAGUCAAUGUUAUUGUAGCAGUGUUUUAUUUACAGUGGCUUCCACGUGUGACCAAUUGUACUCACCUGUAUUCACAUUAAAAGUUGCAUUGUUUCUUCUUCA